AUGUUCAAGCGUUUCUUCAGUCAGUCCAUAGCAAAGCCCCAAAUGACGACCCCACGCCACCUAGUGAACAUUCUGCUGCUCAGCAACGAGGAAUUUGCAUCUUUGGUUAGCAAAGCCGAAGCCCUCAAGAAGGUGGUGAAAAAUGGCAAUAUCAGCCAGAUCAAGGAGAACCACGACAAGCUUCUCGGGAAAGUCGUUGCCCUUCUUUUUUCAAAAAGAUCCACCAGAACAAGAAUCUCCACAGAAGGCGCUGCAGCCCAUUUUGGUGCUCAACCCAUGUUUCUUGGAAAAGACGAUAUCCAGCUUGGUGUCAACGAGCUGAUGUACGACACAACAAAGGUUAUUUCGCUGAUGACGUCGUGCAUUUUCGCCCGUGUCAACAAGCACCAGGACAUCCAGGAUUUGUGCAAGGAUUCCUCCGUUCCUAUCAUCAACUCCCUUUGCGACAUGUACCACCCACUUCAGGCGAUUGCUGAUCUUUUGAGUAUCAAGGAAGCUUUCGGACGUACGGAGGGCCUCAAGCUCGCGUGGAUCGGAGACGCCAACAACGUGAUCAACGAUUUGGCCAUUGCUGCUUUGAAAAUGGGCAUUUCUGUUUCAGUGUCGAUUCCCAGCCUGGUGCACUUUGAGCAGGUGAUUUUGGACGAUGCUGAAAAGUUGGUUUCUGAAAGCAACGGAAAAGUCACUUUCGAGGUGGUCAACAGCCCCGCCGAGGCUCUCAAAAACGCCAAUGUCGUUGUCACGGAUACCUGGAUCUCCAUGGGAGAGGAAUCGCAAAAACAAGCCAAACUCAAGCAGUUUGACGGCUACCAGAUCACACAGAAAAUGGUCAGCGAUGCAGGCGUCAACAAGGACUGGCGUUUCAUGCACUGUUUGCCCAGACACCCUGAGGAGGUUGCUGAUGAUGUUUUCUACAGCGACAAGUCCAUUGUGUUUGAGGAGGCGGAGAACCGUUUAUAUGCGGCCAUGGCUGUGAUCGAGGCUUUUGUGGUCAACAAGGGCGACUUGUUGAAGUAA